AUGAUCUCGCAGACCCGCCGAGAAAGAGCUCACAGUGACAAAGCUCAGGCAAUGGCUACAGCUCCGCCACGACCAGGGAUGGGAGGUCGCACUUCUUCAGCUCCAGGAGGCAUUUAUAAACUCGAUCUGGUGCAGAAGCCAGGAGUUGGCACGAAAUCUGAAUCCACGUUGGUGGAAGAGGAUGAGGGGUCGCCAAUUACAGGCGAACCGAUGAAGCGCACAGGAGCUCGUCAGCAGGGGGAGGAAUCUCCCAAGGGCGGUUUCCCCGAAGUGACGAUUGCGGUCGCCGGCGAAGAAAAUGCCGGCAAGAGCAGCUUUGUCAAAUGUGCGCUGGAUAUGAAGAACCUGCCUGCUUCCAAUAUGAACAAGAAGAAAAUGUCAUUGAACGGAUCGGUCUACAUUGUGCAUCUGAUGGAGGUCGACUUGACACAGGUUCAAUUCGACCAAGACAAGAAGAUCAUCUGGCCGCGUACAGGACAAGGCAAAUCUGCACCAGUCAUUGAUGGGGUUCUGGUUCUACAUGAUGCCACCCAGCCGGAUCGACUAUCUUUAACAACGAACCUCAUUGAAUCAUUGGCUGCCUCGGAUCUCCCUUUCUUGCAGGUUGCCUGCAAAUGCGAUGUCAACCCCGAACCUUUGGAAGGGAGUGAAGUGGAUGCAAUCCAUGAUCGAUAUGAGAUCUAUCGAACAUCGUUUUCGUCACCUCGAUCUCAACAUCUUUCUUCUCAUAUUACUUCACCGAGAUCACCUAAACCUGUUCAAAAUUGGCAUACUCGUGCCAACUCGGAAAAUCCAUCGUUCACAGCCGGAACGGCCUCAGAUCAAUGUGUCGAUGGGGAUGGUGAGAACCGUCUCGCAACCGACGGAGACUAUUCGCAGCAUACGGCGAAUUCCCACCGUUAUGCCCGCAGUAAUUCGCAACCGGUGCGACCGCAAACUCCGCCAUCCGGAGCGCGUUUAAAUACCCGCAUGCCGUCAGCACAAGAACAAGACUCCCCAAAUCACGAGAGCCGGCAGCAACGAUUGCAUACCGCUUGGCGACACAGUGGAGGAUCAGACGCUUUUAACAGUUUCUUAAACAUGGACGACGAGGUAGACGAUGGGCAGAGCCGGCCCCCGAGCCCUGACGCAGUUGUAAGGCCAAAGCCGAGCAGCGAGAGCAACUCGAGCGCAGAGACGGGUCUAUCGUUCGAUGAGCUAGUGGAUCGUUUGAUUUCCUUGCCAAUGUCGAAACAAGAUCAAAAGUUUCGCUCUAUAUUCCUAUGUCUGUAUAGGAAAUUCGCCGCCCCUGCAAGUCUCCUAAGUGCCUUGAUAAGCCGCUUCGAACGAAACGAGAUGAGCAACGACGAUCAACUGGCUCGCAUGGCGGAUCAACUGCGGUUGCUUGAUGUCAUGGCUCAAUGGGCAUCGGACUAUCCCGGAGAUUUCGCUCAUCCCAAACUUCGCAAACGGAUCAUUGAGUUUGUCGCUAUACUCGAAAAGAGCCAUUUCUACAUGUUCGCUGCCAAAGAGAUCGGGUCGCAAUUAGACUCAAAUGCAGAAGACGAUGAUCUUGGUUGGGCAUACGGAGAUGACGGUGAUUCCGAUGAGUCGCAAUUGGUUGAGACAUUUUUCGACAAUUCCGGUCGAAGUUCCCCAGCCGCGGCUCACAUAGGCGCUGACUCUGGCACCAACACUUACGAUACCGAAGAAGAACAAGACCCCAUCUAUAGUAUGAGUGCGCUGGAUCUCAGUACUGGGCCGCAUGAUUCGACAUCACGGCUCUCAGGCACUCUUUCGGUCUCCUCGAAUACCGACAAACCCAAUAGUAUCACCAGCCAGUCAUUUACGUUGUUGAGCCUUGAAGCAGCCCAAAAAGAGGCUUUGCGUCUUGAAUUAACAAACAAGAUUUCACUGAACAAACUUCACUGGCGGGUUUUCAUGGAUACCCCAGAGGAGGAGUUCGCACGAGAACUGACACGGAUUGACUGGAUCAUGUACAACUCAUUCCGACCCCGUGAUCUUGUGCGUCACGUCAGUCUCUCGGGCAUAGACAAGGAUAAGGUGAAGAGCUUGACGAACGUUAAUCGGAUGAUUAAGCAAUUCAAUCAUCUGGCCUUCUUCGUAGCCAGCUUGAUUCUCUUGCGCGACAAGCCUAAGCAUAGAGCCCAGGCGCUAGAGAAGUUCAUGAACAUCGCAGUGAAACUUCGACGCCAAAACAACUAUAACUCCUUGGGUGCUGUAAUCGCCGCCAUCAACGGCACCCCUGUCCACCGCCUCACCCAAACUCGAGACCUGAUUCCCAUCCCAGCUCAGAAAGAGUUUAUGCGUCUUGUCAUCCUCAUGAGCACCCAAAGAAGCCACUUUGCAUAUCGCCUUGCCUGGGAGAAUUCAUUCUCCGAGCGAAUCCCAUUCCUACCUCUUCACCGUCGCGACCUUGUCUCUGCCGAAGAAGGCAACAAGACAUUUAUCGGCGAGAAUAAAUCUCGGAUCAACUGGAAGAAAUUCGAGGUCAUGGGCGAGGUCGUUCUUGGCGUCCAACGAAGCCAGAAGAGUCCUCAUCCCCAGGCUCAGAAGUUUGAUGAUGUCGAACGACUGAUCCUGGACACGAAGCUCUCUGGAGACGAAGAGGACUUGUAUGCCCGUAGCUUGCACGUCGAACCGUCCACGGGAGCUGAGGGACGAAGGAAGUUUGGCUGGCUGCGCUCUUAA